GUAGGGCGGGGCCCAAAUCCGGGUCCCGCUAGCAGGGCGGUGUGGGGUGCGCAUCCGCAAUGUCCGCUUCGGCUCUAGGACCGCGCGGGAGACAGCCGGGCCGCGGUGCAGUGUCAGACCCGAGAGUUGCGGCCUGAGUCACCGGCCCCGCCCUCCGGAGCCGGACGCUGCGGGAGGCCCGGGAGCGGCAGCGGAACGGACUCCCAGACCUCCGGACGCGUGAGGUGCAGUGAGUCGCAGCCAUGUUCCUGGUUAACUCGUUCUUGAAGGGCGGCGGCGGCGGCGGCGGGGGAGGCGGGGGCCUGGGUGGGGGCCUGGGGAAUGUGCUUGGAGGCCUGAUCAGCGGGGCCGGGGGCGGCGGCGGCGGUGGUGGAGGCGGCGGCGGAGGCGGCGGUGGCGGUGGAACUGCCAUGCGCAUCCUAGGCGGAGUCAUCAGCGCCAUCAGCGAGGCGGCUGCGCAAUACAACCCGGAGCCCCCGCCCCCACGCACACAUUACUCCAACAUUGAGGCCAACGAGAGUGAGGAGGUCCGGCAGUUCCGGAGACUCUUUGCCCAGCUGGCUGGAGAUGACAUGGAGGUCAGCGCCACAGAGCUCAUGAACAUUCUCAAUAAGGUUGUGACACGACACCCUGAUCUGAAGACUGAUGGUUUUGGCAUUGACACGUGUCGCAGCAUGGUGGCCGUCAUGGAUAGCGACACUACAGGCAAGCUGGGCUUUGAGGAAUUCAAGUACUUGUGGAACAACAUCAAAAGGUGGCAGGCCAUAUACAAACAGUUUGACACUGACCGAUCAGGGACCAUUUGCAGUAGCGAACUCCCAGGGGCCUUUGAGGCGGCAGGGUUCCACCUGAAUGAGCAUCUCUAUAAUAUGAUCAUCCGACGCUACUCAGAUGAAAGUGGGAACAUGGAUUUUGACAACUUCAUCAGCUGCUUGGUCAGGCUGGACGCCAUGUUCCGUGCCUUCAAAUCUCUUGACAAAGAUGGCACUGGACAAAUCCAGGUGAACAUCCAGGAGUGGCUGCAGCUGACUAUGUAUUCCUGAACUGGAGCCCCAGACCCACCCCCUCACCGCCUCGCUAUAGGAGUCACCUGGAGCCUCGGUCUCUCCCAGGGCCCAUCCUGUCUGCAGUCACAUCUUUGUGGGGCCUGCUGACCCACAGCUUUUGUUCUCCCAGCACUUGUUACCCAGCUUCUCAACAUCCAGGGCCCAAUAUGCCUGCCUGGAGUUUCCCUUGGCUCUAGAACACUCUAACAAGCUCUGUCCAAGGGUCUCCCCACUCCCACCAGGCCCUGCACACACACGUUCCGUAACCUCUCCCCUGUAUUGGUGCCAAGCCUACCAUUUGUGAUGCCUCCAUACCCAGAGGGCCCUCUCUCAGUUCUGGGAGGAUGACUCCAGUCCCUGCACACCCUGGCACACCCUUCAUAGUUGCCACCCAGGCGGCCAAGCUCCAGACCGUGCCAGACCCAGGCGCCCCAGUGCCUUUGUCUAUAUUCUGCUCCCAGACUGCCAGGCCCAGGAGGAAAUAAACGCACCCUGGUUGCUGAUCUCUA